AAAGCUAUUCGCGCGAUGGAGAUCAGGUGCCUAAAAGUAAAUGACCUGGCUAUUCGACGGCAACGAUUUUGUUUCAAACGGUUCGUCGUGGCGGUGAUCAUUAGCUGUUGUCUAACUUUUUUAUCAAAACGUGCCUUGUUCCAGCAACUAGAAACGCUGGAUUCCACAGAAUUUCGGAAAUUUAUUUUUAUGAAAACUCACAAGUGCGGCACUAGUACCAUCGAAAACAUCAUAUUCCGGUUUGCAUUGAAAAACGAACUGAACAUUGUGUUGCCCGAAGAGGGCAGCUACCUGUCGAGGACUGAGCUUUUCGACCAUAAUUCAUUGAACGACACGAAGUGGAAAGACCUCAAUUUCGAUAUAUUCGCUUUGCACAAUCGCUGGAACAAGAAAGAAGUUCUGGAGCUGUUGCGCGAAGAUGUACCGGCCUUCACCGUCAUUCGAGAACCCGUGGAAGUCUUUGAAUCCUUGUUCCACUACCUCGAUCCUCAAUUGAAAAACUUCUACGGCGUCCAGGAUAUUCACGAUAUGAUCCGCGCUAUCAGAAACGCCACCCUAUCAGAUGUAGUGGAGAAACGUUGGUUGGGUAGCAUUGGACGCAACCAAAUAGCCUGGGAUUUGGGGAUAUCGCCCGACAUCUUCGACAACGAAAACGCUAUAACGGAAGAAAUUCAGCGUUUGGAUCACGAGUUCCAUCUUGUGAUGAUUGCAAAUAGGAUGGACGAGUCCCUCAUCCUCAUGAAGCAAUUGCUCAAUUGGCCUCUACAAAAUGUCGUCCAUCUAGAUUUGAACAGGAGGAAGCCAGAGAAGUCUUCCAAGUUGAGCGUCGCUGAAAGAAAGGUGCUAGAGAAAUGGCUGGCCGCCGACGUGCAGAUCUUUCAAUAUUUCUCUCGUCGAUUCGACGAAAAGGUAGCCGAAUUCAAUUGGAAAUAUUCGACAUUACCAACAGGCCUGUCUGACGUCGAUUCUGCCAUUAAGAGGCAAACUCAAUUAUUGGAGGAAGCCAACAAACAAUUGUAUGAUCGCUGCGUACUCAGCGAAGUGGGCAACGAAGAGCUCGUAAGCAAGUACAAGACUUACAAUGACAAUAUCAUGGGCUACUCCAUCAACGAGGAACAAGAAGACUGUGCUUUGUACGUUAUGAGCGAACGCAGUUUUUUGAGCACAUUCAGAGAUCUACUCUUAUCAAAAUUAACGACACCCUCCAGCUUAUUAACGUGGUUUGGAUCAUUAAAAUAGUCACGCAAAUGAUUCUACGGUGUC